AUGAGCCCAGUAAGCCCAGGGAGCCCAGUAAGCACUGUGAGCCCAGUAAGCCCAGCAAGCACAGUGAGCCCAGUAAGCACAGUGAGCCCAGUAAGUGCAGGGAGCCCAGCGAUCCCAGUGAGCCCAGGGAGCCCAGUAAGCACAGGGAGCCCA